ACUGUCAGAUGAAACACCGGUACUCUGUCAAAAUAUGUACAUAUAUUAGUGUCUCUGUAGUUGGUAGAAUAUUGACAUGGAUUUGAAAGGGAAAGUAGCUCUAGUAACAGGAGGAGCUGCAGGAAUAGGUCGCGCUUACUGCGAAGAGUUGCUGAAACAUGGGGUGAAGGUUUCUAUAUGCGAUAUAAAUGCUGAGGCAGGGGAGCAGCUUGUUCAACGGUUGGAAGAAAAAUAUGGCAAAGACAAAGUGCUGUUUUGUCAGUGUGAUGUCACGGAUUACCCCCAAUACGAAGAAUCUUUUCAGACAACAAUUUCUGAAUUUGGCUGCCUUGACAUUGUUGUAAACAAUGCUGGAAUAAUGAAUGACAGAUUUUGGGAGCUGGAAGUAGAUGUCAACUUGAAUGGAGUCAUUCGUGGUACCUUACUGGCUCUGCGUUUUAUGGGAAAAGACCGUGGUGGCAAUGGAGGAACUGUUGUUAAUACUGGCUCAAAUGUUGUUGUAAAGCCAUAUGUAAGCAUUCCCAUUUACACUGCCACUAAACAUGCAAUAGUUGGUUUCACACGUUCAUUUGGGGACCCUUACCAUGAGAAGAUAACUGGUGUACGCGUACUUGCUGUCUGCCCUGGUGCCACUGACACAAACCUUGUGAAAGAUGUAAGGAAACAGCUGCUGUCACCUGAAUAUGAGAAUGCAUGGCAACGAGAUACAGCAGGAGGGGUAUCACAAACGGCAGAACAUGUGGCAAAGGAGCUGAUACAGUUGUUGCAGAAGGCAGCCAGUGGUUCUGUUUGGAUGGUGGAGAAGAACCAGCCAGCACGGGAGAUACAUUUUACUACCCAGUAAACAGUGGUUUUACUGUUAUGACAAGUUUAAUUGCACAAGUAGCCUGUUGAAGUGCAUCUGACACACUACAAAUAUUAUGCACAAUUUUCUUCCAGAGCUUUGCAGAUUUAUGGGCUUUUUGUGGCUUUUCAUUCAAGUCACAUUUAUCAUAUGUACAUUAUGUAAUUUGGCCUAAACAUUUGUAUAUUUGUUGAUAUUUAUGCACUGUAUGUUACACUUAAGAAAGAACAGAAUGACUGUUCACCUUUUUUCUAGAAUUGAUAACAAUAUUGGUUAAGAGAGGACAUGAUUACAUACUACCAACUUGCUGUGUACAUGUGAUGGGAGCUAGAAGUAUAUAAGGGUAAACAUGGAAUUUUGUUGAUGCAGUGGACCAUUUUGGGAAGGAAAGACUUACCGAUUAUUCAGUGAGCCAAAGGGAUAGUGCUUAAACAUGUAAUUUACCUCGAAUAAGUCCCCGAUAUUUUCUUCUGUAAGAGGCCACUUUGUGUUCAGACUGUUAGUAC